AUGUGUUCAGGAAAACGUCGCAACAAGACAUCGCAGAUUGUCGCAGACCGUUUUGUCUUUCAAGACAGCGACAAAAAGGUCGCCGACUCAAAUGUCGCAGAAUCUUUUGAAGAUUUCUGUUCCGCGACAUCCAAUCAGUUGACAAAGUCAUCGCAAGAAUCAAUCGCCAAUUGUCGCACUGUUGAUCCAAGAAUUUUUGAGAGCGACAACAAGGCUUCUUCAUGCCAAACCGCACAGUGCAAAACCUGCGAUGCGCUUGCGAUAUAUGGAAAGCGACAAGCAAUGACUGCUUUGUGA